GGAGGAGGGUCGCGGGAGGAUUAAGGAACACCCGGGAUUGCCCGGUGGGAAAAGCUGAGGGGAUUUCUGAAUCCUGGGGAGAGGAGAAAGAUUUCCAAAGAGGACGCGUGGGUAGGGACGCUUAGCCCGCGACCCGAGAGAGGAAUUGGAGCGCUCCGAGGGAGGGGCUUAAGGGGGAAGCUUUAGAUAAAAGAGCCUGUACGGGAGAAGCUAAGGGAAUUGCAAAAGGAGCAGGAGCUUAAGAGUAGAGGAUCCUUCAGACUGGAGAAAGGGAAAACUAGAGAAGUUCCCGAGGCACCUUGCAGCCUGCCUCCUCCCCACUUCAAACUCCUCUCCCUUCCCCGAAAGUUAAAGAGAAAGCCAAGGUUGCUGCUUUUCCCCGGUUUCUACUCAAUAAAUUACUACUUUUACCCCCCCACGGGAAAACAGAAAAGAACUCAUUUCCUUCUCAAUUUUCGGGCUUAGAAAAGAUCGAGGCCUCGCAAUUUGAUUUUUCGCCUGGGAGAAUCAAACUAGGGAGGGUAUUGCUCUAUUUUCAAAAUCCCACACCUCAUCCUUCCCCGGACGCCAUGUCUACGAGCAGCUGUAGUUUCAAUGACCGGCGCGUGUCCAUCCUGUGUUGCAAAUUCUGUAAACAAGUGCUCAGCUCUAGGGGAAUGAAGGCUGUUUUGCUGGCUGACACUGAAAUAGACCUUUUCUCUACAGACAUCCCUCCUACCAAUGCAGUGGACUUCAUUGGAAGAUGCUAUUUCACUGAAAUUUGCAAAUGUAAACUGAAGGACAUCGCAUGUUUAAAAUGUGGGAACAUUGUAGGUUAUCAUGUGAUUGUUCCAUGUUGUUCCUGCCUUCUUUCCUGCAACAAUGGACACUUUUGGAUGUUUCACAGCCAGGCAGUUUAUGGUAUUAACAGACUAGACUCUACUGGUGUAAACUUCCUACUUUGGGGCAACUUGCCAGAGGUAGAAGAGAGUACAGAUGAAGACAUGUCAGAUAUCUCAGCAGAGGAGUGUAUUAGAUGAAUAGAAUUAUAAUAUAUAUAAUAUUUAAACUUUUUCCUAUGUAAAAAAUAUAUUAAUGGACCAAUUCAAAAAUUGUUAGUAAGGAUUUGCCAGUGAUUUAUUUUUUUGGAAAACAAAAAUGGGGCAUUUGUUGAUUUAUUUAUUUUCUGUAUCAAAUUAAUUACCUGAGUUUAUUGAACCAAUGUAGUCCUUUUCUUCUACUUCUGCUUCUACUUCUACCCUUCCUCUCUCCAUCCCUCUUCCCAGUAUAGGUGUACUCUUAAAUUCAGAUAGAAGAAGAAUCUUUCAUGUGUCACUCAACUAUCUCCCAAUCUGGGGACGGUUUUCUUACAACUAGAUGCCAGAUGCUGUUAAUUUUACAUUUGAAUAAGGGGCAUUAGUAUCCACACAUAUAUCACCAUGCUUAUAUCCAUGCAUAAAUCUAUGCGCAUAACCACGCAUAUAAGCAUGUAUAUAUGUAUGAAGCACAGCUGGGAAUUAAAACUUAACAGGGACUUUGUAAAAAUAGGCUGUUAGGUUUCCAUGGGUACUGGUUAUCAUAUGUUACAUUGGUGAUAACUAUGUUAAUAUGGAACAAGACUUUGUGAAUGUAUGGAGAAAUCCUCUUGAUUCCUCAGCAUGAUGCUAGAUAAAUGAAUUUGCCAGGAAAUUAUCAAUAUAUACUGUUUACUAAUAUUAUUUAUUUACAUUCUUCUAAAGUCAUACGGAUAUUGUAUUUUGAAAGCCAGAUAACCUCCAUCUUUAAGUUUUCCCAUUCUCCAGGGCUUUCUCUGUGAAUAGCAAAUUUUAGAUGAGUAGUCUCAGUCCUAACCCUUAAAUAGAAAAAAUUUAAAGAAGUGGUUUGCUUAAGCCAUUGUACAUUACAAAGGAGGUUUUUAAAAUUUUGUUUUGCUUUGUUUUGUUUUGUUUAUCUGCAUUCAGAGCCACACAGGAAUAAGAAACUGGGAUAGUGUUGGAUUCUUGUUUUAUGAAAAGCUAAAAAUCAAUGUAUCGCCUUAACUAAUAUUUUAGCCAAAGGCAUUUUGUCAAUAGUAAUACCAAAACAGACCAAGUUACAGUUUUGUAAAUAAAGUUUUGUUCUAAA